AGAGAGAGAGAGAAGGCUUUGUCUGAAAACUUAGUCGCAGGUGAAGAAAGUCGUCUGCUUCUUUUGUAGAGAGAGAGAGAGUCUUGUCCUUUCUCUCUCUGCAUUCAAUUCCGAGUCUUGCAUUUUUUUUCCCCCUCAUCUUUAUUAUCUGCAACAAAAUCCACCGACCCAUCUCUCUUUCCCUCUUUCUCGAGCCGGGAACUGUGGGCAUGAUCUCGGAGAAGGAGGAACGGAAGGUCCUCUCGCCAUCAAUGGGAAGUUCUCAUCGGCUCGGUUCUUGAAAGACUUACUGCUGACAAAGCUCCCCUUCUUUGUCAAGAGUUGGGAGUUCCAUCAGUUUCAUGGCCACUAAUAAGGAAAUCACCACCCAACUCCUCCACCACCACCACCAGCAACAACAGCUUCAGCAUCAGAUGCCCUUCGGAACGAUGCAGUCCAAGCCAUCAUCGUCUUCCUCCGUCCCCCAGAAUUUCGUAGGCAAAGAAAAUAAUGGAGCUUAUGACUUGGGAGAGCUGGAUCAAGCACUAUUUCUGUAUCUCGACGGUGGACAAGAGACGCCGAGCGUUCAUCAUCAUCAAGAUCAAAGGCAAAACACCGGGAUGAUGAGACCUCCAACACUGAACAUUUUCCCUUCUCAACCUAUGCACGUAGAGCCAUCUGCCAAGGUCAAUGCUGGAAUAGUUUCUCCUUCUACAAGUGUUCCCAGAAGACAAUUGGAGCAUUCAAUGGAGUUAGGUGACCCAAAAAAUGAUGUCUCAACUGGUCCUGAGACAGCUAAACCCAUCAAGCGUGAAGGUAAUCGAAAAGGAUCGACGUCGGGUUCUUCGGAGCUUGAAGGACCUAAAACUCCAGAUCCUAAGACAUUGAGAAGACUUGCUCAGAAUAGAGAGGCAGCGAGGAAGAGCAGGCUUAGGAAGAAGGCUUAUGUUCAGCAGCUGGAAACCAGCAGGAUGAGACUAAAUGAGCUGGAGCAAGAGAUACAUAGAGCAAGAGCUCAAGGCAUGUUUCUUGGAGGAGCAGCUGCGGGAGGAGAUCAAGGUCUUCCCGUUGGAGGAAGCAACAUCAGCUCAGAGGCCGCGGCGGUGUUCGACAUCGAGUACGCGAGGUGGUUGGAGGAGCACCACCGCCGCACGUGCGAGCUCCAGGCGGCAGUCCAAGAGCAUUUGCCGGAGAGCGACCUCAGGUUGUUUGUGGACAACUGUGUGGCUCACUUCGAUGAGGCGAUGAACCUGAGGGCCAUGCUAGCCAAAUCUGACGUAUUUCAUCUGGUGUCUGGCAUGUGGAUGACUCCGACCGAGCGGUGCUUCAUGUGGAUCGGCGGAUUCCGUCCCUCUGAGCUCAUCAAGAUGGUGUUCAGUCACAUCGAGCCAUUGACGGAGCAGCAGGUGAUGGGGAUCUGCGGUUUGCAGCAGUCGACGCAGGAGGCGGAGGAGGUGCUGACUCAAGGGCUGGAGGCACUGAAUCACUCCCUCUCGGACACCAUUGCUUCUGAUCCGCUAACUUCUCCACCCAACAUGGCCAACUUCAUGGGCCACAUGGCUGUUGCCAUCAACAAGCUCUCGGCUCUCGAAAGUUUUGUUAGGCAGGCAGAUAACUUGAGACACCAGACAAUUUGCCAAUUGCAUCAACUCCUCACGGCACGCCAAGCAGCUAAGUGCUUCUUGGCCAUUGCUGAAUACUUUCAUCGCCUCCGGACACUCAGCUCCCUCUGGUUGUCACGCCCUCGACAACAAGAUUAACCAUCAAUCUUAACAUCUAUGACUCUCUCUCUCUCUCUCUCUUCUCGAUUGUCAAACUUUUGAUGGCACCAGCAUAUGUUUUUUUCUUCUUUCCUUUUCUCUUUUUGCAUAGAGAUGUAUAGACAGAUAGAAACAGAGAGUUUAAAGCUAGAAUAUUAUGCAUCUCUCUCUC